CACGUCUACUCUUUUUUGUGGCGUUGAAUAAAAAUAAGUAAUCUAACGGUAUAUGUCUCAUCGUAUCCUUUAGAACCGAAAAUUAGUUUCCCAAGAAAAAACUCAAGAAAAUAUGGGUGCAACUUCAGCAACAGCAGUUUUCUCUUCAAAUUCCAUGUCUCACUUGCCCUCCUUCUCUGCUUUAAGUAAACCCAAGUUGGGAAUCAGAUUACCCAAAGAGAUUGCAUAUGGGCCUUCCGUGAACACAAAUCGUAAGGACUGUCAUUGUUCAACUCUCUCCACCAUAAGAGCUGAUGGGAGCAGGCGGCGUAGGUCUUCAAAAGAUGCUACACCAGGGAAAACAUCCAAAGGAGGUGAGCUCAAUAUACAGCCAACCCCUGACCGUAAAUCAUCAAAUUCAUUAAACCAGGAAGAGAUCAUUUCCCUUUUCAAGAGAAUACAAUCUUCAAUUUCAAAAGGUGAUUCUUUAAGUUCCAAGAAAAGAAGUACCAAGUCCUCCGAAGAGAAGCCCACUAUUGAUUCAGUCUUGGAAAUCCUUCGUCAUUCAAAGACACAAGCCAAAGGUACAACGUCAAAUACAAAGGAUGAUAAGGGGUCGACUCAUCAAAGAGGUCAAAAGGAACCAACGACAGAUUCUUCAUCAACAUUGGAUCCAAGGUCAACACGCCCACCCUCAAGCUUUGUGAAAAGAUCUCCUUUACAAUCACCAUUUAACUCCAAAGGAAAGGUUGAGCUCAAGAUGGAGACAUUACAAGGUAAUCACGGUGAAAGGGAAGCAAUCAAAAUUGAGGAUAUGAAACUUCCUCAGCUUAAAGAACUAGCAAAAUCUAGAGGACUUAAAGGUUAUUCAAAACUAAAGAAAAGUGAACUUGUAGAAUUGCUCAUCAGAUGUUGAGACAAUGAAGAGAUGAUUAAGUCGUCCAUACAAUGCUUUACAUGCUUGGCUGUUAACUGAAAGACUUCUCUUUUUCAUGUCUGCUUUCUUUCACGGAUAAACUCGAUGUUAGGUCAGAGUGUGGGAGUUUAACACAUUCAUUUGUUGGUUAUUUGUUGCAUAUGUUAUCUUUAAGUCU